AUGGGGAUGCUGGAAACCGCACCUCCAACUGUUGAGUAUCCAGAGUACGUGGAUCCUUGGAAGAACGAAGAAAAUGUGCAGGAACAGACUACUCACACGUCUGGGAAUGAACAUGUGACACAACCGAGUGCUGAUGGUCAUUAUGCAAAUUCUGCGAGUAAAACGCACAUUAAAAGGCUUGAGGAAGCUGCUCUACAGUGUUGUGAUAUGAGCCAGCACAUCAUUUAUACUGGUGUGGUCACUGAUGAAUCUAUUGCUGCUGCUACUGUACGUGCAAUUCCCACACCUACAACUCUUAAUAUUGGGACUGAAUAUCACCAGUCUGGCACAACAACAAACAAAGAUUCUCCUGGAGCUCAAAGUGCCGUACAUAAAGAAGAGGGUGUAACGUGA